CAAAUGAGCCGCCAAUGACUUGGUUCUCUGCCCGCGCCCGCCGCCCGCCGCCCGCCGCGUAACCCGACGAUCUGAGAUGGCCUAGGUCGCCGACGACUCGACAUCUCUGUGCGGCGGGUGUGGACCCGUAGACGCGCCGAGCUACCGGCGACGACCACGGGCUGUCUCUACCGGCGACGCCCGUGACGCGGCGAGGACGUCGACCUCCUCCACGCAGCAGAGCUCUCCUCCGCCCUUGUGUCGCCUCACGCCGUUCGUCGAACUCGUGGUAAAGUCUUGAAACAGAAAGAUGAGGUACACGGCACGGGAGAUGGAGUUCAUGGGCGGAUCUACAAAAGUUUUGGUCUGCAACGACAGGGCGGCUUCUGCCCUAACUUCUCUUUCGAAUUGGUUGGUUUUGAACAAUGAAGCCAAUUUUGAUUCCCGUGAACCCAAGUUUACAGUGGCCCAAUUCAUGGAAAGGCUUAUUUCGGGAAAAAUUUUGAACUGGCAUAAGAACAAUGUACUGCCAACGCCUGAGAGUCAGCGAAUCGUUGUAGAGUACUUUGAUAUCACUAAGAGACUUUGCACGGGCAUUAAGGUUAACCCUGUGGCUGGCACUGCCAAAUUUGAGGAUUCAAGAGAAUAUGAUUUAUUUCGCAUUUUGGGAGUUCCACUACUCCAUGCACCUGCAUUCAAUGAGCAGGUUUUUCCCUCUUUACAAGAGCAACUUGAGCCUGGACAAAUUGGUAUUUUGUAUUUGAACGGGGAAUUCAAUACCAUUUGUAAGCACAAUGGUACUGUAUACAUGUUAGUAGAAGAUGAAGCCCUUCACAAGAAGAACCCUUCUGCUUCUUGGAAAACUAUGGUCGAUGAAAAAGAAAUAUUUGUAGCUGGUGACUUUUCAUACACCAGGGCACACAUCAACCAGAAAGUGUACAAGUGUUCGAAAUGUUUGGAGGAAUUCUGCACAGAAAUUAAUUAUGAAAGACAUCUUGAAGCUCAUGUGCCAACUUCCAAAGCUGCUCUGAAUCGUUCAUGGAACAAGGACGCAUUUGCGAAAUACUGGGAUCAGAUUUCGGAUGAAGAUGCUUAUAGCAUCCUGUCUGAUGGUGAUCAAACUGUAGAGAAAUCACAUGGAUUGCCUGUCGACCCAAUUUUCAAGAAAUGGAUACUAGGACCAGAAUUUCUUGUAACACCACCUGAGGUGAGGGAUGCUCUGAAACAGCUGAAACAACUGAAGCAUUUGAUGGAAAUGAAAAGGGAGAAGCCAUCGUCUGAUGUGCUUCUAGGUAUCUUAAAAGUCGGAAGUGAGGGCACUUUCUUCUCCACCAAUUUGCCCGAAGGAGGGUUUUCGUUUGUGGAGGCAGGCAAAAGUCAGAAUACAACGAGAACCAUGCUAACAUAUUUUAGCUUGAGAGUUGAAGAAGUGUUGGCUAAAAAGUGGUAUACUGAAAAGAUGGUGCAAGCAAAUGUAGUGAUGGAAGAACUUUUGGACGAAAUUACUGAUCCAAGCCAAGAAUUGGCAUCUGCCAACAUUGAAAAUGUUGAGGACCUCGAAGGCAAGGAUAUUGCUUCCAUUGUGUCGGAAACUUCAACAAGUUCUCAUGUAUCAGAUGAUGUGGUCCAUACAGAGGAAAAAGAUGAGGAGCGAAAGUUAUUACCAGCUGAUAUAGCCCAUUUGCCUGAGCUUCUUGGUGAAGAAUAUUUCCCAAACUUCGUAUCGAGGAAAAGAUUGGUUAGGUUGUUCACUCUUUUCAAUAAGGAUAUAGUUACAGUUUUGACACGAACUGGGAGGAAAAUUGCUAAACGUUUGCUGAACUACAUAUUGAAAGUUCAUAAGGCUGGCCACUGCUGGAAUGGGGAAUGGAGUAUACUUGACAUUCGGGUUCGUGGGGAUGGUGCAACAUUAAUCAUUGACAAGAUGGCAGUAAAUGCAACUAAAGAUGGAAUUGUUGCUGACCUUCAGAAGUUCAUAGUCCUCUUGCGCCCGUAUUACAAGAUUGAAGGCAUCAAGGGUCCAGCCUAUUUUGACGAAUUUCAUUCUGAUGUGAUGUCUCUCCCUGAGCUUGAGUCUGAAAAAUUUGAGAUUUUCCAGAAGUUUCUUGCUGACCAUAUGGCUUUUCUGCCACCAGCGUCCACGUCAAAUUUGCUUGAAAGGCUCUUCAGAUUGUGUGAUGACGCCCGUAGACAGAAUGCAGAUUUUGAAUAUCGUCCCCUUCGGCGCUUAGAUCGCGUUGGGUGGACAAAAAUAGGUGCUAUCAUGCCAUAUAACAAGGUGUUCCACUAUGACGAAGCUUCUAGUAGUAUAGAAACAUACAAAGAUCAUUACUGGGAUCUCCUCAGAUUUGUGAGGAAUUUCAGUAAUCAUGGCUUGAAAUACACACAGAUCGAUGGAGUUCAAUCAAUCGAAGAUCCUGUUAUACUAGAUAUUAUGGUUGCAUAUGACCUUGGCAGAUUUAUUACAAAGCUGGUUCUGCAUGUGUUAUAUGUGUUUGAAAAACCAGAAAGGCUUGUCAGCACUUGGAAUGCAUACAAAACAUCCGAUGAUGCAACUGAGGAAAUCGAUGAAGAUGGGACUGAGGAAAAUGAAGGAAUUUGAGGGAUCUACAGUUGCUUCCUGUUCCCGGAGCUCCUGAGAUGCCCCCACCCCACCCCACUCGUCAAAGCUUUUGAGAUGGAACUAACAUCCCCCCCACCCGUCAAGCUUUUGAGAUGGAACUAACACCCACCCCACCUGUCAAGCCAUCCCCUAGAAUUGUCCCUAUAAUUUUGCUGCGUGACUUCAAAUGUGAUUGAACACGCAAAGAGGCCAUCUUUAGUUACUUCGGUCUUUUGAGGUGGAACUAAGAUCCCUGAGAAUAUUCAGUUACUUCUGUCUUUUGAUGGAAUGUUUUAGUCAAAAUUAGCUUUUGAAAAUUAUUCUAAACCUGAGGUUAGGAAUUUUGGAUGUCUUAAUGCCUCAUCUCUCAAGCGAUUGUUCGCUUUUGUUCACCGCUCAAUGAACAUCCUUACGGUCAUAUGGAUAUGCUAACCUGGUCAGCCUUGCCUGUUUGUUUUA